UAGCUUUGUGAAGAUGAACUUUAACUACUUGGCGGUGGUACUCUUAAUAUUCGCUCUAAGCGAACUGGCAGCGGGUCAGAAUGCUGCUGAAUUGGCAGCCUACAAGCAAAUGCAGCAGGCUUGCAUCAAGGAGCUGAAUAUUGCUGCCAGUGAUGCCAACUUGCUGACCACGGACAAGGAGGUGGCGAAUCCCUCGGAGUCAGUGAAGUGCUAUCACAGCUGCGUCUACAAGAAAGUGGGACUCCUCGGAGACGACGGAAAGCCCAAUGCCGAUAAGAUCCUCAAGUUUGCCCAGCUCCGUUUCAGCAGCCUGGCGCUUGACAAGCUGAAGGCUCUGCUUACCAGCUGCGGAGCCACCAAAUCAGCCACCACCUGUGAUUUUGUCUACAACUAUGAAAAGUGCGUGGUUAAGGGAAUUAAUGCAUAAAGGACAGGGAAAUCCCCUUCCUGCUUAAUACAAUAAAGUUAUUUUGAAGUGUUCAACGCA